CUAGCGUCCUUGGAAACCUCCGGUCAGGCGGCCCUACGUCACUGGAUGGCAGGAAUAAAAUGCCCCGAUCGAAGCACAACUUCACUCAAACGAGAGCAUCAUGCUGAAGUUUGCAGUGAUUUUCUGUCUGAUUGUGGCAGUUGCCGUUCAGGCGGAGCCCAAGAGAAAAGAUCCAAGAAAUGGAAAGAUAGGAGGAGGCCCAUCUGAAGGUGGACCUGAAGGCAAACCAAAGAUGGAAGCCUUGAUGAAAAUUUUCGAUGCUGAACCCCGUGCAUGUAACCCUAUGUUCCUGAUCAAUGCAAAGGACUGCGCCAACGUCCCGGUCGUCUUCUCGAAAGACUUGUUCGGCAAGUGUGGAGGUCAUCCAAAACAUGGGCCUAAAAAGGAAGGACGUCGCAGGGCCAGAGAUGCAGGUAGCAGAGGUGGUCCUGGUGGCAGCGAGGAAGGUAAGAAUCGCGGCCAAGAAAUCAGUCCAUUGUGCGUUGCUCAGUGCGUCCUCAACAUAACCAAUCACCUCGACGCGAACGGAAUCAUCAAUCUCGAUGCCAUCAAAGCGAGCUAUGCUCAACAGACAGCCAACUCGACUGAGUGGGCCAAAAUUGCACAGGACGCCAUCACCGCUUGCAUGGACAAUGUAACGAAUCAACCACCUAUUUACGCCAACUCGAGCGCAAACAACACUCAGAAGUGCAGUGACAAGCCCAUUCGUUUCAUCACUUGCAUCCAGAGGCAGUUUGUCCUGAAUGCUCCACCAGGCGAGCAGGUAGCUACUACUCCAUCAAGCCAGCCAAAACUAGGACCACCACUGCCGACCUGCGAAGAGAGGAAGACAAAACUGCAAAAUUGCGACCCGAACUUCAUCAUCCAGUUGCCUAAGGGAAAGAAUGGCAAGCUGGAGCAAGGUGGAAAAGGUGCAAAGGGAAGAGGCGCCGGUGCUAAGAAACUGAAAGUCAAGGACGGAAAACGCAACCAAAGAAAUUAGAAUUCGAAUAAAGCAAAAAUGCUUGAACCUUAGCCCAAUAUGUCAAUGGGUUUCACAGUUA